CUUCUGUUGCAAAUCCAUUUAACUUCCCCAACUCACUUGCCCCUACACCAAGAUUCUACAUAUUUUUAAAUUUAUUUUUCAGUUCUAUAUAUACAACCUAUCAUUGAUAUUGUUUUCUUUAUAUCCAAACUCUCUCUUUCUCUCUCAAUGAACUCAAAUCAUUCAUCUUUUUCAUAUACAUCCAUGAAUAAAUCUAUUGUUGAAACAGAUACAUCAUCAGCUGAGGAGAGUGGUUGGACUUCUUAUUUUGAAGAUUUUAUGGUUGCCCAACAACAAAAUCAUAAUCAAUCAUUUACUCAUCAUCAUGAUUAUCAGCAUAAUGGACCCGAGCUAUCUGAUGCUGCUUCGCAUAUUGAGUGGAAUAAUAUCGCUAGUUCAAGGAGUGGCGCUGCCCCGAAAUUCACAAAAAAAUUGAAUCUUUUCAGGAAAACAAGUAGGAGAACAAAAGAUAUUCUUUAUGAUGACUCUUUAGAAGAUACUGCUAGUUCUCCUGUUAACAGCCCCAAGGUUGGGAGUCAACAUAUGGGGUUUAAUCAAAUAAAAGUAGAUGAUAUGAUGGAGAAUUCUUUGGGAAAACGAGGUGGGUUAGAUGAUCAUUUGCAACUACAAAAGAUAGAAGAUCAAAGCAGGCCAAUGAGGUUUGAAGAGAGCAACAAUGGAGACACAGAUUUGAGGAAGAGAGGGUUAUGCUUGGUUCCUUUAUCCAUGUUUGUGAACUAUAUCUGAUAACGCGCCUAUGCAGAAUUGAAGAACUAAUGAUAAAUUUGUAUAGAGUUGUUAAAUAAUGUCCAGAAGAAUGAAAUAGUCCAACUUGAGACAUUGCAUAUAUUGUUAAGCCCAGUUGACUAUCAAAUCAAUCAUCCUUCUGUAUCUUGUAAAUUUUUAAUAACUGUCUUGUUUAUUACUAAGAGGCAAGAAAUAGCCUCUAUAUCUUAUAAAUGAAUAUCGUGUAAGUAUGUUCACUUUAUU